AUGAGGCCUCUCGACGAGAACGAAACCACCCUCGUCUUCAACAAGCUCCACAAAUUCGUCGGCAACAAUCUCAAGAACAUCGUCUUAGAUUCACAAUCCCACGAAGGGCCCGAAUCGAAUCCGGGCCGUUAUUGCUUCCGUCUUCAGAAGAACCGCGUGUAUUACGUCUCCGAAUCCCUGGUCAAGCGCGCCACCAACGUCAAGCGCGAGAAGCUGAUUUCGCUCGGAACCCAAAUCGGCAAGUUCACGAAAGCCGGGAAAUUCCACCUCACGAUCCAGAGCCUCAAUCUCCUGGCCGCGAACGCCAAGCACAAGGUGUGGCUGAAGCCGACGUCUGAGAUGAGCUUCUUGUACGGGAACAGCGUGUUGAAAGGCGGCUUGGGUAGGAUUACCGAGAGCAUUCAGGUGAAUGACGGUGUGGUUGUCUUCUCGAUGGCGGAUGUGCCGCUCGGGUUUGGUGAUGCCGCCAAGAGCACUGUCGAUUGCCGGAAAAUGGAUCCUAAUGGGAUUGUGGUGCAUCGUCAUGCAGACAUCGGGGAGUAUUUAAGAAUGGAGGAUGAUCUGUAA